GGGGGAUGUGCUGCUGCCCCGGGGGCUGUGUGGCCCUGCCGCGGGGCGGGGCGGGGCGGGGCGGGGCGGGAGGUGCUCUCACCCCGGCCGGGCAGUGUGGGCCGCCCGUCAGCCCUUCCAGCCCGGGGUCCAAACCUCUAUUCUGAAUGCGCGACCUAGUUUGUGGGACAAACUCGUUUCGGGGCAUCCAGAGAGGACAGAACUAAGUUGGGGAAAAAAAGACACUUCUUCCAUGUAGGACACUUCCAAUGCUGUAUAUCUAAGAAAAGAUGGCAGACCCUUGGCAAGAAUGUAUGGAUUAUGCAGUUGCUUUAGCAAGAAAAGCUGGGGAGAUAAUCCGUGGAGCACUCAAAGGAGAAGUAUCUGUUAUGACUAAAAGUUCACCAGUAGAUCUAGUGACAGAAACUGAUCAAAAAGUAGAAAACUUCAUUAUUUCUUUGAUAAAAGAAAAGUAUCCUUCUCACAGCUUCAUCGGAGAAGAAUCUGUUGCAGCUGGAGAGGGCAGCAUUUUGACAGAUAACCCCACAUGGAUUAUAGACCCUAUUGAUGGAACUACCAACUUCGUACACAGGUUUCCAUUUGUGGCAGUUUCAAUUGGCUUUGUUGUAAACAAAAAGAUAGAGUUUGGAAUUGUCUACAGUUGUAUAGAAGACAAGAUGUAUACUGCCAGAAAAGGAAAAGGUGCAUUUUGCAAUGGUCAAAAACUUCAAGUAUCAGGCCAAGAAGACAUUACAAAGUCCCUUUUAGUAACAGAAUUGGGAUCAAAUCGUGAUCCAGAGACUGUAAAAAUAAUUCUUGCUAACAUGGAAAGACUUCUCAGUAUUCCUAUUCAUGGGAUUAGAGCCGUUGGUACAGCAGCUGUGAACAUGUGCCUUGUGGCAACGGGUGGAGCUGAUGCCUAUUAUGAAAUGGGGAUUCACUGCUGGGAUAUGGCAGGGGCUGGAAUCAUUAUUACUGAAGCAGGUGGAGUACUGCUAGAUGUAUCAGGUGGACCAUUUGAUUUGAUGUCUCGAAGAAUAAUUGCAGCAAGUAGUCGAGCUAUAGGAGAGAGAAUAGCCAAAGCACUUCAAGUAAUUCCUCUGAAAAGGGAUGAUGCAACUAAUUGAAUACCAAAACUACACCUUAAAUGUAAUUAUAUAAAUGUUGUCUCAUACUCCCAUGUGGUGGUUGUUCUACACCUUGAAUCUGAUAAUAAGAUAGAUGGUAGCCUUUUAAUACUGGUGUGAAUGCUAAGUUGUGUUUUGAGAUUGGACGAACAUUGUAAGUAAGCCUUUACUGUUAAGUAUUUUAUUUAACAUCUUGAUUACAUAAAGAAGCAAAUAUAUACAACUAAUAUUUUCAAGUUUUAUACUACACUGGAAGGCAUAGCAAGAGACUCUUUGAUGUAUAGAUAAAUAAAACCCUCUAGUUCUGUAAGUGACAAAACAGAAUUCACUGUCUUAACACCACAUCAUCACAUCUAAUCCUGAACCCAAAAAGAUGAAGGCAUUACUGUUUAUCCAGUCUUUCUCUCUCUCAUCUGUUGUUUUCUUCAGUGUCAUCAGUGUAUCCAUUUCCUUACCUUGUUACGGUUUUUGUAGAGGUAGUUCACACAUUUCCAACCUUUUUUUAGUUGCUUGUAGUUUUGGCUCUACUUUAAAGCCUUUAUUACUUAGCUGUCAUUGUUCUUGUAGUCAUCGUUCUUCCUUUCUUAUGGUAGAUAAACACAAUCUCUUCUUUAGCCUUUUAUGUGGCCAGUACGCUUGCAAAUUCAUUACAGUUGCAAAAAUAAUAGUUACUGUGCCAGAAAAUAUGUGCAUCUCCCAGAAAUAAGUUCUGAGCACACCUUCUAUCACUAAAUGGAUUUACUUUAAAUUAAGAUGAAGUAUGAUUUGCAUUUGACCAUUGGAAUCAGCUGAUACUAGGUCCUCUAUCUUAUUCUUGGCAGUUAUAGUUCCUGUUAAUUUUGCUUGGGUUUUUCCACGGAUGAGUGUGUUUCAAAGUCUAAGGAAUCAUUAAAAUCCAAGAGAGUUUUCAGUAACUCAGCUGGAAAAAAAAUAAGCCUGUAGUCCAAAUUUUUUACAUAAUUUUCUGUAAGUUAUGAAAGCAGUGACCAGCCAGGAUCAGGUUUCCAUUGUGUUAUAGAGUGUACAGGCACAAAAGAAGAUACAUAUCUAAACCUAAAGGGUUUGUAAAUCUAGCAAAUAUUCGUAAUUUCAUUCUUGGUGUCAGUUGUUCUAAACUUUGAAAACUAUACUUGUUCUUUGAAUUUUUUUUAUUUAAGAUUGUAAAAAGUAUCAGUGUACUGUUCAAAUAAUUAAUGCACUUUAAAAAAAAGAUUUAACUUGGAUCAGUUUUUUAGACUGAUUUUUCCGUGUCUAAAGUUUCUGAAAGAAAGUUGUCUCAUUGGUGGUCCAGUCAAGACACAGCAAUGCUUUGGAAAACCUGACUUUUUGUACUGCUGUACCACUAUUUUUAUUUUGGAAAAUGGUGUUUUCUGUCUUGAAGUUUCAACAGAUGUCUUAUUAUACAUUUCAGUCUUUUAUAUUAGUUGAUUUUUGCAGAUUUUGCAGAAAUAUUAAUUUGAAUUUGUAUCUAAUGCCAGAUGAUUAACGUUAAUGAGAUCAGCCUGCUAUUUAAAGGUUUUGUCAAAAAGCCAGACUUAGAUUAAUUUUACUUUUUAAAUUCCCAUUGACAAGGAUGGAAACCUUUUGAGCAUUUCACUGUAACUUUACUGCUGUAAGUGAUGUGAGAUCAUUAUUUCUUGAGAAGUAUGUCUAUUGUACCAUUUCUGUGGCUUUUGUAUAACAAAUUCUGCAUAACUUUUUUAAACUGAUUUAUUUGUGAAAUGGAGACAUGUGUAAAAAAUAUAUGAGAUGGGAGAACACAUUCAAAAUAAAUAUGCUUUAGCAGCA